UCUUCAAGACAGCGUAUUGACUACCUACUUUAAAUUUCUAUUGUAUUUUAUUAAAUCUGUAUUUACAGAUGCUUUUAAAAUUAUCUGAGAAAGCUGAAAACGUGCUAAUUUCAAUAAGCAGUUAUACCGAAAUAACUGCAAGCAGCUACUUUAAUCUUUGUCUUCUGCUAGACAUAACAAACAAACCAGAUUCAUUGACAUGUCCAAUAAUUUCUUUACCCAAAUAUAACAAAUUUGUAAUAUCAGUUUGUACUAAUAGAUAUAGCCCUCUGACUACAUAAAGUUAACCAAACCAAUGUUUGAUCUGUAUUUUGUCAGAACCGUACUGUGUAUAGUCAAAACAUGAACUCUCCACUCAAGAUAAAAACAAGGAGUCAUGACAUGCUACUUAAAAUAAGCUAUCAGUUGAGUAUUUAAAUAGACUCAUAGGUGACCAACCAUGUUAGAGGUUUUGGUUUUAAAAUUGGUUUCAAUGCUAGUCUAACUUUAGGUUGAUCAAGUACCUAGGUAAUUAUCUACUCGAUAAUUUUUGGGUUUAUAAACCUAUUUGACUAAGGAUUUCUAAAGAUCAAUAGUUCUGAGUACUAGUUCUGAUUUAUUUAUUAAGUAUUUGCUAAAAUGAAGUCCUACCGAAGUAGGAUCUAACUGUUAACCCAUCCCAACAUAUCCAGGCUUGAUUACACGUAUUAAUUGUGAAUUUACUCCAAGCUGUUUCUAAAAUAUUCUGUCCUCUGUUGCCAAGGACCUUAGUAGUACAGCAAGCACAUACAAUAUGUUACUGAAUGUGACCUGUUGGUACUCGCGAAAGAAAUGUUAGAUUGUUAAUUGUAAAUGGUUGGCCCUUGGUUCUCUGGUACAAUGGAGACCUGGAGAAGAGGAAUAUCAUAAACUUUCUCUCCUAUCUGGAGCUACCAGAAGAUAGGUUCUCAAGCAGUGAUUAAGAUGUCUCGAAUUGAAGGUACUAGCGUUGAAGAUGGAAAUAAGCUAGGGCCACCACAGCCUUUAGUUUAAGUCUUUGCUGAAGACGUCGACGAAUGGGCAAUACUAGAAAAGCAAUCAUAUUUUAGAUUGGUUAGAUCACUGCCCUUGUACUGGUAAACAAGUCUACUUCUGGUUUUUCCAUCACCUUGAAUGUUGUCUGAAGAGCUUCGUAACUUUAGAAUUUAAUCUAGCAAUUCUAAUAAUCGGUAUAGACCCGUCUAUAAUCCCAGAAAAGUACCUGGCUUAGGUAUAUUUGAAGUUGGUUAGCUAAAUCUAGAAUUUACUGCUUAAUGCAAAGAGGUAUAGAUUUAUAUAUUUGUUAUCUUCUUGAAAUAUUGCAUACAGUUUUUUCUAUCUAAGGUCCUUUCUCACUCUCUCUCUCAUAGAAAAUCCAAUACAAUCCAUAAUAUCUCUUUAAGCUUGUGUCAAAGAUGUUGCCGUUCAUUUUAGAAACUGUUUAUGAAUAUUAAGUUUCUUAUAGUUCUCUACUGAAUCCUACUGCAUCUGAUGUUAUAAAAUUUCAAGUAGAUGGUCUUCUCUAAUACGUAUGUAGAUAUAUUGUAUAAUGUAUACUGAAUGAGGCGAGGAGCAUGCAUAAUUUAUAAAUAUUAUACACUGCUAUAACAGUUGCAAGCCACCAUGCCCACCAGCGAAAUUUCUUUAUGAGUAAGUAGCAUUUCUUGACUGUUCUUUUGUACUGUGUUUGGCGACAUACAGGCGAUUUUCCUAUUUGUGUUGACAUGAGAUUGAAUUUUCGAUAGUUUAUAUAGAUACCACCCAAUAUUGGGUAGCUGUAUCUACCACCUAUAUGAUGAAUAGAGGCAGUAUGCUUGAAUCGUUGUUAAAAAGAAUAUCAUCUAUAAGUAAAGUAACUAAGUAUAAGUAGGAUGAAAUCUGAAUUACUUAGCUAAAUAUAUAUCCAUUAACAAAUCUAUACAGAGUUAUCAUUCUACAAAGUAGACAUUUUUCAAAAGUUUAAGAACAGAAACCGUCUAUGAGGCAGGGAAAGAUGUGGCUUGUGAUACCUUUGCCUGUACAUUCAAGAUAUAUAAAGCGACGGAAUGAUUGUAUCGGCAAAUCAAAUAAGCUUUUGUGGGCAAGAGUAAUUAAUUAAUACGGCCAUAUUUUCCCCUUGAAGGAAAAGGAAAUAUUUAUUCGUUCCUAACUCUCUUAAUUUCCCCACAAUAUAUGUAUUAUAUGAAAAAUUUCCAUAGAUUAAUUUUAAAUCUAUCAUAUAUGACAGAUUGACAAACUUAGAGAAGAAAUGCAAACAAAGUGUAAUUUUAGAUCCAGGCACACUUAAUUAAGUGCAUGAAUAUUUUGAGCACUAAGAUCUUUUUUGACUUCAAAUAUAAUUUAUUUAUUUUUCCUUCUCAUAUUUAGUUCGUGGACAUUUUCUCGAGCCAGAGCUUCUAUGGAGUGACCUGUUUUAAUUGGGUCUGGUACCGGGAAUCGAACCCGAGCCUUUAUGUGUGAGCCAAGUAUCUAGCCAAUAAUGACAAACCCAUACCGGAAAAUAUUUAUUUAUUACAUCUUGCAUUUUAAUAUGAUAAAGCCAGUUGACUUUCGGUGGCUAAAUGGGUGUUGUACAGUGAAAUACAUUGCAAAAGAUUGUGGAAUCUCUUAUUUGAGGCUUUAUAUAUAGGUCUCAGGCAUUGUAUGAUUUCCACCCUUUUUGUAUCUAAAGUGCAGUCAUGUAUCACGAGUAUCUGAAGUGCAACAUUUACUGUCACUGUCACUGCAUUAUGAAGUGAUUGUCUGUGAACGCGGGGUCAUCUUUGCUAAUGCACUAUUUAGUAUUAUCUUCAGUCAAGUGAAGACUGGACUGUUGUUGUAUAUACGAAUAUUCGCGAAGCUUCUGGGAAUGAUAUCCUUGCUUGGCUAGGAAUUUUUACUGCAUGUCCCAUUUUGCUUUAAGAUAAAAUAUUUAUCAAAAUAAAAAGAUUAGUUUCCUGGUCUUGCUUGUCUUGCUAAGAUAAUCUUCUAACUGAACGGGAGCAAUCCAACAACAUUCAGUAUUUAUAUAAACAUUAUAACAACUAAUAACAUUGUUUGAUGCUUGGUUCUAAGAUUUUAUUACGUUGCUCCAAUAAACUUUCUGUGCAAAGUAAAUUUUUCUUCCGAUACAGUCAAGACGAGGCAACUUCGUCCGUAAGGAAGGCCAUCAACUGGAUCUCUUAAAAUAUACAAAGCCUCUCAAAAUAGAGGAAGGGCAGUAAGGACAAAGAACAUCCGUUUUAAAGAACCUAUUAUCGUAUGCAUCGAUCAGAAAGAUUUGUUUCAUUGUUGAAAGUAGGAAAUAAAUCAGGGCUCACAGCAGUAGUUAAAUAAUUAUGUUAGCUUCAAAUGAUAAGUAUGCUUUUGCGUUCUCUAAGCCCAUGCGAGCUUUAGACACUAUAAACAUGCGGUAGAUGGAGAGUAGGUAUAGUGAAACGCAGUAAACGCGUAAUUUUCAUAUUCCACUGAAAUCUUUUCUUCGAACACAUCCAGGUUUGAUGUGUUACCAAGGAGCUUCAAUAUUGAUAAUAAAAAUUCAUCAAGCAUUUAUAACUUUCUUAAAGACUCCCAAUCAACUUGAGUUUACAUACGUUAUGUAUUCCAUGAUCUAUAAAGAUCGUCAUUAAGCUGAUUACUGACGUUCAGGGACCCUGGUAAUUGAAAAGUACCAAAAUACGCGCCUUAGACUUCAGGCGCGCAGCCGACAAGGCAGCUGUCAGAGGUCACUUAAAGGACAAGCAAAUAGCAAAUAGCUGACAAAUAGGCAUCGUAAACGCCGGCCGUCUCAGCCAAAGCAUCGACGGACAACUCAGAUGACGUCUCAGUUAGCGAAUCAGCCGUGCAGCCGACAUUCCAGGCGACGCGUUGGUCAACAUCCCAGACGACGCGUCAACCGAUAUUUUAGACAACGUCUCAAUCAGCGAAUCAGCCGACAUCUCAGACAACACGUCAGCCGACAUCUCAGAUGAAGUCCCAUUAAACGACACCUCAGCCAACGUCUGAGCAGCCGACGUCUUUGCGGCCGACGUCUGCACAGCCGACGUCUCAGCCGACGUCUGCACAGCCGACGUCUCAGCCGACGUCUGCACAGCCGACGUUUCAGCCGACGUCUGCACAGCCGACGUCUCAGCCGACGUCUGUACACCCGACGUCUCAGCCGACGUCUGUACAGCCGACGUCACAGCCGACGUCUGAGCAGCCGACGUCUCAGCCGACGUCUGAUCAGCCGACGUCUCAGCCGACGUCUGAGCAGCCGACGUCUCAGCCGACAUCUCGGCUGACGUCUCAGCCGACGUCUGAGCAGCCGACGUCUCAGCUGACGUCUGCGCAGCCGACAUCUCGGCCGACGUCUCAGCCGACGUCUGAGCAGCCGACGUCUCAGCUGACGUCUGCGCAGCCGACAUCUCGGCCGACGUCUCAGCCGUAGUCUGAGCAGCCGACGUCUCAGCCGACGUCUCAGACGACGUCCCAGGUGGGACGUCAUCUGCUCAUCAUUCAGUAGGACUAUACAGCGAGUCUGCCGUCCGAAGAGCGGGCAUUCGCUAAGAUGAAAAAGAGAAAAACUCUCAUUCAGUAUAGAUCUACAUAGCAAGUCUGCCGUCCGAAGAGCGGGCAUUCGCUAAGAUGAAAAAGCUUGUCGGGAGUCACGUGGACACUCGACAGCGAACAAUACACAUCGGCCGUACAAGAUGGCUACGAUUUUUUCGUUAUUGUCUUCAUUUGGUAACUAGGUCUAUCCAGCGAGUCUACCGUCCGGAGAGCGGGUAUUCGCUUAGAAUUGAGAAUAAUCUCUCAUCUAACUAGACCGUUGACAAAAAUAUUCUCCAACAAAUUUCACUGUGCACUAUCACUUUUAAUAUUCAUUUAUUAAUAUUCACAUUUAACACUGCUCACUUAACAAAAUUUGAAGACGUACUGAUUGACAUUGACAACUGUCAAGCGACAUGCCGGCGGAUGACGGCGUGAUGUUAUGUCAAAACCUCAUUUACCCAAUGAAAUGUAGGGUAGGAACACUGCAAACGGGCAAAAUUUGGAGGGUAAUCUCGUAAGUGGAUCAAGCUGAAGGCUCGAACACCUAAAUAACAAAUUAUUUCUUUUUCUAUUUCUUGUACGAUUAUAAUCUCCUGAGUAAAUAAAUAUGUUCCUUGAUUAUAAUACUUUUCUUUUAUGAUCUAGAAUUAGUACUAAAAUAAAUUAUAUUUACCAAAUAUAAUGAUACUUGAUAGUUAUGGCAACCAGUUAACCCAUUCCCCAGUACAGUUUUCAGUAAAUUCAAUCAGCAUGGUAAAAUUACUAUUAAUAGUGUAAGAUUGUGAGCAAGAUUAAAUUACUCUUUGAAGACUCUUUAAACAAAUAUUCAGGAUGUCACGAUUGAUAUUUUUUCUAAUUUGUUUACCGUUUCUCAAUUCGAUUGGACACGCUUCUGAUGAAGCUAAAGGUGAUAAGAAUGUGACUGUGGACUGCAAUACUUUGCGAUUGGGUCAAUAUAUUUGUCCGCAUCCAAACAAAACCCAAAUAGAUCCAGACACUCAGCAGUUCAUAGGAUGUACAAAAGGGAAAGACAUUCCGUCGGAAGGUGAAGCUGACGUGCUAUGUAUAGCUGCCGAGGGAAUCAUAUGCAAUCAAACCAAUAAUUCUACAUUUUGGAGAAAGAUGCCAUGUAAAUGGACGAAUGGAUACUCUUUAGAAAUAGCACUAUUGCUGUCAGUUUUCCUAGGAAUGUUUGGUUUGGAUAGAUUCUAUCUUGGAUAUCCUGGCAUUGGCUUAGCUAAGUUGUGCACUCUGGGCUUUAUGUUCCUUGGCCAACUCUUGGAUAUAAUACUCAUUGCUGCUCAGGUGGUGGGGCCUUCUGAUGGUUCAGCAUACAUUAUACCCUAUUAUGGGGCUGGUGUGACAGUUGUGAGGAGCGACAAUGAGACGUACCUAUUGCCACAAGCCGACUGGCACAACAUUACCUGACAGUGGGGUACCAUAUCCUUUGAAGUUGAUGAGGAUUAUGAAUGGACUUAAGUCACCCAGUUCUGAUGUCUAUAGUAUGUUUAAGGAGGUGAUGAAUAUGUAAAGAAAUUGACAUGAUUUCUUACAACAGAUAGAGGUAGUUCCUUGCUGUUGCAUGUAUGUAUGUAACUUAGUAGUGUUUUUCAGAAUGCAUGGGUAUUGUGACAGUUGCCGGUAUAUACGUACUAUUAUUGUGAAUUGUUCCAAACUUUCAAGAGUGAAACAAACUCAUCCACCAUCCUACAUGAAACAAACUGUAAUUGUCAGAUUGUUUACAUAUUAAAACUUGCUUCUUUAAAUGUACUGUAAACUAUACUAUUAAUAUGGACUCUAUAGCAGUGUGAAAUUUUGAAACUCGUGUAUUUGUGGUGAGCAGGAUUUAGUCAUAUGUUCAAGCAAUGCAAGCAGAAAUAUAUGUGUUAUACUAAAUUAUUUAAUGAUCUAAACAGUGAUUUCUUUAUGAAUGUUUAAAUAAGUGUAAAAAUGUAUAAUAAUGUACUUAGUGUAUAUUUAGAGAUAAAUAUAUUGGUAUAUAUUCAGAUUCUGUGUGAUAAUAGAAUAAAUGUGACGAUUUCAUAUUUUGUAAACAUUAUUGUCUAAAUUAACUCUAGUCUGGUGGUACCUAAGCCUCAGCGGUGGCUAGUUUACCACACCAGCGGCAGACGUACCACCAAGCGAUUUAGUGUUCCUGUACGACUCUGUGUAGACGCCAUAGCAUACUAUCAUGCUGCAUUGUCACUUAACAUCAGGUGAUAUCAGAGUUAUAGUAAGGCUAACAUUGUCAUAGUAAAAAAAAUUAUAUAGUCCAUUUAGAAGCUAAUACAGGUGUAAUUCAAAUAAGUAAUUUAUAGGUAUAUGUAGAGAAAUGUAAAUAAAACAAUAUAAACAGAAA